CAAUUAAUCCCUGGGCCUACGCGACGUUUGUUCACGUGCAUGUAUUGAAAGCCGGUAGCGGGUCUUUUCUCUAAAUUGCUGAUAAGCUCACAACCAAUCUGGAAAAAUGGCUGGAACUGUCGCUAAAUUAUGCCGGUCUGUGGGCAGCCUGGGUCGUUUGGAGUCUUCAAAAUGCGGCAUGUUAGCCAUGGCCAAUGUCAGUCAACGGAAUUAUUCCAACAAAGGCAGCCGUAUUGAAGUAGCCAAUCCAGUGGUUGAUUUAGACGGUGAUGAGAUGACACGUGUUAUCUGGGAAAAGAUCAAAGAAACGCUGAUCUUCCCAUACCUGAAGCUAGACAUCAAAUACUUUGAUCUUGGUUUGCCUUAUCGAGACUCGACUAAUGAUCAGGUGACCAUUGAUUCUGCUCAUGCCAUCUUGAAAUACAACGUUGGAAUCAAAUGUGCAACCAUUACUCCAGAUGAGGAGAGAGUUGUUGAAUUUGAUUUGAAGCAAAUGUGGAAGAGUCCAAAUGGUACAAUUAGAAACAUCUUGGGUGGUACCGUGUUCCGUGAGCCAAUCAUGUGUAAGACAAUUCCUCGUCUUGUACCUGGAUGGACAGAGCCUAUUGUGAUUGGUCGUCAUGCUUUUGGAGAUCAGUACCGUGCUACUGACUUCGUGGUAGACCAACCUGGGAAGUUUGAAAUGGUGUUUACUCCAACUGAUGGCAGUGAGAAGACAGUCAUCCCCGUUUAUGAAUUCAAUGCUGGCGGCUGUGGGCUUGGAAUGUACAACAAUGAUGAGUCUAUUGAAGGAUUUGCUCACAGUUGCUUCCAAUAUGCACUGGCCAAGAAGUGGCCUCUUUACCUCAGCACCAAGAACACCAUCUUGAAGAAAUACGACGGCCGCUUCAAGGACAUCUUUGAAGCUAUCUACCAGGAAAAGUACAAGAAAGCGUUUGAAGAUGCCGGUGUUUGGUAUGAGCAUCGUCUUAUUGAUGACAUGGUUGCACAGGCUCUCAAGUCAUCCGGUGGUUUCGUCUGGGCGUGCAAGAACUACGACGGUGAUGUCCAGUCUGAUGUCGUUGCUCAAGGUUAUGGGUCUCUUGGCCUGAUGACGAGUGUGUUGGUUUGUCCCGACGGUAAAACAAUUGAGGCGGAGGCUGCUCAUGGAACAGUGACCAGACACUUCAGGGAGCACCAAAAGGGUAACCAAACCAGCACCAAUCCCAUUGCCAGUAUCUUUGCCUGGACGAGAGGUCUCGAGCACCGAGCCAAACUUGAUGACAACCCAGCAUUGGCUCACUUCUCUACCACAUUGGAGAAGGUCUGCAUAGACACUGUUGACUCUGGCUUAAUGACCAAGGAUCUUGCUGGUUGCAUACAUGGACUCAAGAACGUCAAACCAGAGCAUUAUUUGAACACCAUGGACUUCCUGAACGCAAUAUCCGACAACCUCGGCAGGGCGUUGAACAAGUAAAUAACUUGUGUACACUGAAACAACCUCUGAUUACCAGGGCCCAAUUUCAUAAAGCCUGUAGUCACAAAAACUUGCUAAGCACAACAAAUAUUGCUUAGCAGAAACUGGUUACCAGCAAAAAGUCUAUAACGUUUACGUUAUUGUGACUGGUGCCCCAACCAUUUUUGGCAUAGCAUAGAAAUUUGCUGAGCAGUAUUUUCUGCUAUAUGAAACUGGGCCGUGGCCCAAUUUUAUGGCUCUGAUUACUGUAAGAGAAGAAUUGGCCCUUACGGAAGCAGGGAAUUAUGUGCUUUCGUCAAGCGUAUUUCACAGGUUAGCAGGGAAUUUUGACUUGUGAGCGUGUGUACUCCACAUAUUCUACAUUCUUCUCUUACACAGCUAGCGCAGAAAUUUGGUGCUUACAAAGUAAGCGGACAAUAGUGAGCGCAAGCACAGAAUUUGGCAGUAAGCAGAGCCAUGUAGUUGGGCCCUGAUUUGAAAGACCUGAGGUGUUUCCAUGGAAACUUGUAAUUUCGAGGUCAACAAUCAGAUGACAAUGAGUAUUGGAUACUUUUCUGAAAAUGCAAUAUGCAAUAAGGUGUUUUAGCAAAUUAACAGAGGCUCUGUGCCUGUUCAUUGUUUUUAGAAAACCAAAGACUUAGAAAUCCCUGAGAUCAAAUCGUGCUGUGGUGUUCCAUUUACAAAGUGUUUGAAAUUACUGUGUGAUCGGUAGAGAAGAUUAAUCCCACAGUGCACUAAAAUAGCAUGAACCUCAGGAAAAGAGAGACUUAAGAGAAAGUUUAUCUUCCCUUGAAUGAUUAUGUGUUUCAAUUAUUUAAUGUAAUCACAUAAAUAAACAUUUAACUUAUUGUGAAUAGAGCUACAUGUUUAACGGAGGUAACAACCAUGGUCUGUUGCAUUGCAAUUAAGCACCGUAUAUUGACCUUUUCAUGUAAGCUGGGAUUUCUGCAUGUACUGGUUGUGACAAUUGUGAUGAUGUUAAAGUAAUGAUUUACAAAAUUAAACAUUGCUAAGUAAUUCAGGUCUGCAAUUUCAUCUUUAAGAUGGCAGGGCCGUUUCCAUUUUGCAAAGGGCCCUUUCUUCAUUUGAAUCUUGGAAGUUUAUGAGAAACUUACGUCUGUGUGAUUUCAGGCCAGCAAUAUUUAGCUUACUUCAUUGGUGAAUUAGGUUAUUGUCACUUUAAAAGUCACAGUAAGUUCUAUUUUUUUGAAAGUAAAUUUCUCAAUCAUUAUUUUAGUCGUUAAUUGUCUACUUUUCCUAAAAGGGCAUUAAUCUUUUAUGCAGUUGUCACAACUAGGGACUUAAUUGAACCCUAACAGUCUUAAUCUCUUGAAAUCAGUAUUAUUAUUUUUUCAUCUUUUGGGACAUUUAUGUGGCAAAUAUUCGGACUAGUUUGGAUAUCUAUGUAUGCUGUGAUGGUUUCUGAAAUCAAUGAAUACUUUGAAGGCAAAACAUUUUGGUUAUAAAGAAAACUUGGGAUAAACUGAAAACCUUCUUUUUCAAUCAGUAAAUCUCGCCUGGCUUCACCUGCACGUUGGUGUCAAAGAGAGGCCGGCUAUCCGUGAGACUUUCCUGACUAAAUGCUGCAGGCUUUGCCUAGUCGUGGUUUUCCUCUUGGUUUUUGAUUGCAUUCCCUUUGUUAUUAUUAAUCCGUAAAUACUUGAUAAUCAAAGUGAAAACUGACAUUUCCUGAUGUCUUCAUCAAUCUUUUGUCAAGGAAACAUGUACUUUGAAUUAUUGCAGUUCCGCUGGGAUAGGUUUUAUAUUUAUUAUCAAGUUUAUGUUAAACUUGUUAUUUCUAAAGACAAUUAACAAAACAAAGAAAAUCAUGUUUCUAAACCACCCUGUAAUGCUAAAAAGGUCAAGGUAGUUUCCCCCUGUGCUGUGCAUUUUUUGUUUUGUCAAAGAACUUUUAUUUUCGGUCACAUCAAAAUGUUACUUAUAAAUCUUAAUCUGCAAACCUGAAUUAAACAAAUAUUUUGCUGCUGUUGUGUUUCUUUUAUAAAUAUUUUAAUAAUUUCAACUAGUACUUGAAAUUGUACAAUACCUCACACAAUAGUAUAAAAGGUCACAAAGAUGAAAUACAAAUUAAUUGAUUUGUGGAAACAAAUAAAGUUGCUGUGCAAAGUAAAAAUUA